AUGGCUAGCCAUUAUUUCAAAGCACGAUGCAUUGACGCUUUUGUUGCAGACGGCUUACCUACCCCGGAUGUCGUAUUUUUUGAUAACGUGUCCAGGCCCGGAGAUGAUAAGGGUUGGCUGCAGGCAAUUUUGCCCCUGUCCACAGGCGGUCUAGGCCUAGGAUCCGUGGCUGAGCUGGCACUUUCUGUUUUUUUGGCCUCAGCCGCUGCCACGGUAUAUCCAUUCAAGAUAUGCUGCUGCCAACCGAUAAAGUGUAUGUUGAUAACGUUAGAACAAAGGUUGGAAUCAGGAAGGCAAGCCCGACACUUUGCAAUGAAUGAUAUUUUAGUCAAAGUUUUUCAAAAAGCUGCUAUUCCGGUAAUAAAGGAGCCAGCAGGACUGCUUGAAAAUAGUAACUACACACCUGACGGAUACACAGUGGUUUCUUGGGCCCAAGGACGCUCCUUGGCGUGGGACGUAACUUUUCCCUACACAAUGGCCGAAAGAUAUUGGUUUCACGUCAACAGAGGCUGGGACCGACGCGAUAAAAGCGUCUGA